UUCAAGCAGCACGCGGCUGCGCAUUAUGCCGCGAUCGAGGCACUCGAAGGAGAUUGAGAGAAAGGGAAAGGAGUGGCAGAGAACCCUAACUACAAUCCCAAUCUUCCCUAAUCGCGGCCGGACCGAAUCGGAAACGCCCUUGCCGUCGCCAUGGACGGAGUUUCCGUUUCCGGCCGCGGCUUCUUCGUCUCUCCCGCCACUUGGGGUAACCGAGGAGUUGGAGCUGCGACCUGCAAUCCCCUCUUCAGAAGCAUCGCCCUCCGCCUCCCGUGGAACUGGUCCAUGCCGGGAAGCGGCCCGUGUCCGGCACAGUGCUAUGUAUUCAGACCGCCCAAGGCGAUCCCGGCGUAAUCGAGGAGGAUGGGCACAACAGUCAUCGAGCUCACGGGUUGAGGAAGAGGAUGCCGGCAAGGCGAGCAGCAAUGAGCUUGGGCCUACAAUUUCUGAUGCGUCGAAAUUAAAGAUUUUGUCGCUAAAUGAGUCGCCUCCCGCACUUGAUUCAACCGAUGGUGAGUUUCCCAUAUCUCUGGGGUUCAUUUCAACGACUUUCUCCUAUGUCUAUCCUUCUAAUAUUCAAAUUUCGUAUAACGAGGAGCAAAGCGAAGCUUAUAGGUCGUUGAAUGUGCCUACGUUUGACAGUGUUGAUGAUGCUUUUGAAUAUUUUUGUAAAAGUGAGAAAGCUGCUCAAGCUGCUCGAGAUAAGACCCUAACGUUAUCCCAGCGGGCUUCACUAGAAAAAUUUGAAGCUCAACUGGCAGUGACACGAGAUAAAGCUCGAACAGUUCCAGCACAAGAAUCAUCAGCAGUUGCAACACAAGGGGGAUAUGAAGGUUCCAAAGAAAAUAUUGCUGAGAAUGGGGAUAAAUGGAUGUGUGAAGAGGUCUGGGUGGCGUUUCAAAAGUACCAUAAGAAAGAUCUUAAGGAAUCUGAGUACGAAUUUGAAAAACUUGAACACCAGUGUUUUCAUGUGGAGAAUUAUUGCAAGAUCUUCCACCACUUCAAUUUUACUGUCAAGAUGAAGAAACCUGGUUCAAGUGAGUGGAGCUCAAUUCUAUACUUUGCCGAAGUAAAGGAGAUAUUGCAACGGAAAAUUUACUUUUGCUGCCCUCUUGAACCUGAUGAAAAUGGUGAUUGUUAUGCAUGCAAAAACAAAAGGAUGGUUGAUUUGAAGCAUCCUAUGAUAGGUGCAUUUGAUAGGGGCAGUCCAGAUACAGUAUUCCCGUUCAUGUACGGAGAUGAUUCCUCCUCUGAUGACGAUGAUGGACCUGUCUAUGACGAGGCCUGGAGGACAAGGAUGAGAGCUGCUGGGAUUAGGGUUGGAUGAUGAGGUGCUGGUGACAUUAGGUUUAAUUGAGAACUUAGCUUUAAUUAUAGGUGAUAAUGUAACGCUACUAUGUUGAGGAUCUGGCACAAAACCUUACUGCGAGUUAAGCUAGCUGAGCUAUACAGUUAUAUAGUUUGUGUCUCCAAGCUAUUAAGAACUGACGGUCAGACUAUAGUUAUGCA